AUGGCUUCGAGCGGGGUUGGUAUGAACGCAGCGGGACCCGCAAAAGAAACUCCCGAAAUCCCAGACAACGUGGGAGAUUGGCUUCGAGGCGUCUACCGCUUUGCCACCGAUAGGAAUGAUUUCCGGAGGAACUUGAUCCUCAAUCUGGGACUUUUUGCUGCAGGAGUUUGGCUCGCCAGGAACUUGAGUGACAUUGACUUAAUGGCACCCCAGCCAGGGGUGUAGCCAAGUAGACAUAUGGAACCCCUAUGCUAUACACAAACCUUCUAAAAAGAGCUUCUCUUUCUGUGACCACCACAAGAUUUGCCCUGAUGGCAACUGAAGUUUGAUUCAGAUGGGGACCUCCCCUUGCCUGCCUGGUUUCCUUUUUUUCAUUGGGUCUAUUCAGAACUGUGUUGCCUGGUCAGCAGUCAGGCUUCAGCUAAAGUGUUGCCCACUGUUGUGUAAAGUUGUGUACAUAGUUUCUAAGCUUCUGCAGGGGGUGAUCUUUGCUCUUGUCCUGAGGAAUAACCUAAUGGCAUUUUGAAAUAAAGAAUGCACACAAAGAUA